UUACGCUUAUCUUUGUACGUCUCAAUGUAAUUAUAUUUAUGUCUUGCCUGGUCUGGUCAGCAGGUGGCGAGAUGCGUUUUGUGUGCGAUAUCCCAUUGACGUAAAUUGUAAUGGACCAGACGUUUCUUCAGAGAAAAACAACAGCUAGGCAGCCACUACAUUAGUGUAGUUUUUAAGACAUCUGUGUCGUUCUAACUAUUUUUAACGGCGUUGUUACAUGUUGUAUUUACGUUGUAGCAAAGCUAGUUAUAAUCGGCUGUUUAUUUGGCAGAUAACAAAGCACAGCAGAAAACACACGUAGCAGAGCAGUCAUAACAUUCGUCGCGACAAAUCUUUUCCUACAAUCUUCUUUACAUAUGUAGUCCCAACAUGAGCACUGCAAACUACUCUAAUGUCAAGGAAGAGGUCUGCUGGACGGAGAAAGAGGGUCUUUGGCUGAACAUUGUCGUGAAAGAAGAGAAGGAAGAAGAGGACGUAACAGUAAACAAAGGAGUUGAUACUGUUACAAGGGAAGGAGAGAAUGACCAGAACCGAGUAAAAGAGGAGGAUAUUACUCUGAAAGAGGAUGUCACAGUAAAAGAAGAGAACGCUACUGUGAAUGAAGAGGAUGACGUAUUUGGAGUGAAGGAGGGGGAAAUAACCGUCACAUUGGCGGAGGACGAGCCGGGAGACUUUAUUUACACAGGAGAGAGACCAGACAUUCACUCUGGCAGCAGGAAGAGUCCUUCAGUAGAACCAGACGCAGAGACUCCCAAACCAGCGAGACGACACCACUGCUCCCAAUGUGGAAAGAGUUUUAUUACAUUUCGGAACUUACAAGAGCAUGAGAGGACACACACAGGAGAAAAGCCUUUUCAAUGUUCCCAGUGUGGAAAGAAUUUUACACAGUUGGGGAACCUGAAAUCUCAUUGGAGAAUACACACAGGAGAGAAGCCAUUUCACUGCUCCUACUGUGGAAAUAAUUUUACUCAGUUAGGUACCCUAAAAGAUCAUGAGAUGACACACACAGGAGAAAAGCCUUUCCAUUGCUCCCAGUGUGGAAAGAAUUUUAGCCGGUCGAGAAACCUAAAACAGCAUGAGAAGACACACACAGGACAGAAGCCUUACCACUGCCCCCAGUGUGGAAAGAAAUUUAUCCACUCAUGGCACCUGAAAAAACAUGAGAGGACACGACACACACAGGACAGAAGCCUUAACAGUGCCCUCAGUGUGGACAGAGAUGUUUCAUGUCUUCUGACCAGAAACACGUGAGAGUUUAAGAAGCUGUGGUCCAACAUU